GUAUAAGUACUCGAUGAAACAAACUUUCUCAUCGCGAGGUGUCCAUCUAUGGUUCCUCUCUCUUUCAAGCAAAGAAUGGUUCCAGCAAACAUCGAGGAAGUAUAUCGACAGGCCGGAGGAAAGGAAGACAACGUUGGCCCAAUCCAAGCCAAAUCCAGGCUGUUGUGGUGGAUCUGAUGUGGUGGGAAGGUUGGUGUUUCCAGCGGUUGACCCACCGUGUGGAUCCAAACCAGUGUACUUUUGUUGUGUCCAAGGAUCACGAGGUUGCAAGAUACGCAAAAUCACUGGACACCAGCAGCACCAGACAUCAAACUUUUGCGACCUUUGAUGUUGAAUGGGCAACAAGGGCAGGCAACCAAGCGAACCAUUGUAUUUGUGGAUUAACAUGUGAUGAACCGACACAUCAUGUGUUGACAUCGGAAGGAUUGAGUUCUCAAGGGCAGGAGGAGGAGGAAGUGCAUCGAUUGCGGUGGAAGGAGGUGGCAAUCCUCGGAUCGAGGGUUGAGGUGGGCAAAUGAUAUUGCUGUUGGU